ACGUUGAUAUGAGAGGAUGAUAUUCCAAACAAAGUAGAGGACUGUAAAGUGAUGCAUACGUGUUUACUAAUAGAUACGCGCUUUUUCAAGGCAUGACUUUGUAGUGCUAGUGGCAAGUGGAUGGCGCGAUGCGAGAUUUUUUGAGUGGAUUACGUCACGGGCUCAUGCUUACAUUCAAAACAUUUAGUGACCAAUAUUUUUUUCCUUCUCCCCUCACUCUUCGAAAUCCCAAACGCCAUGAUUGCUCCCAUUACCGGUAAAUUCCGCAGACAGAUCAUCAAGGACAUCUCCAUUGCUCUCGGUCUUGGUGCCAUUGGUGGAGCCGCCUGGUGGAACCUCUACCACAUUCCCAACGUUCAGCGUCGCGAUGCAUUCUACGCCAAGCUCGAAGCCAACAAGCAAUAAGCAAUAAGCAAAUACGUCAUUACACUCCCAGUAUAUUACAAAAUGUAUAACAGAAAUUUCGCCCUCUCCAACCAAGGGAGAGUGAACCGUGAUUUGUACUGCUAAAAUAAACCG